AAACCCUCUUCUUCUCUUUCUUUUCCUUCGUUGUCUUCUCCGCUUAUUCAAUCACUUUCUCAUAACUUGUCUCGUUCUUAAAUUCUUCAACUUUCUCUUCCUUAUUCCCCCCCAAAUUCUCUUUCUGGGUAUCCUCAACUUGCCUCUUUCCAUGUUUUCUGCUUAGUCCAAGAACCUUUUCAUAACCGUUUAGGUCUUUGGGGCAUGGACUGGCUGUUUAUGCCCACUGUCAGUGUCUGUGAACAAUGUUUAUCAGGCCAAGAGAUGCAAAUGCUUUUAGUAUAUUCAAAUGGAAACGUCAAGGUGAAUCAUCAGUGACAACAGGUUUACUUCAGGAUGUUCCGCCAGAGGUUGAAUUGUCUGAUUAUAGAAGGAUCCCAAGUCCAGGUAGUGAGAGCCCUUCAGGGCUUCUUAACGGUGAGAGCCUAAAUGUAGAACCAAUUGCCGAUUUGGAUCUCUUCUUUGAAAGGCUUUACAGCUACUACUGUGAGAAAGGGCUUUGGUGCAUCGUCAUAAAGUGGAUUGUUGAACUUCUGAGUCUAGGGUUCACCAUAUGUUUUUCAGGAUUUUUUUUACUAUAUGUUGAUUGGAAUGGGCUACGUAAUGCAAAGUGUGGGAUGGAUGCAGUUGAAUCUGGAAUGAAGCCCUGUGAUCUUGCUAAAGAAGCUCUUCAUCAACACCCUUUAACUCCAUUAACACUUAACAAAGCUAUUAUUGUUGGAUACUUGGGAAUAUUUUCCAUCUAUUGGAUAUUUUGCUUCUUGAGAUUCUUUGCUCAACUAAAGGAUACUCUGGAAAUCCGACAGUUUUACUACAAUAGUCUCCAUGUUACCGACAAUGAAAUUCAAACCAUGCCCUGGGCUAAAAUUCUUGAAAAGGUCGAUCUGGUGCAAAGCUCACGACAACUAUGUGUGGUAAAGGAUCUUUCUCCUCAUGACAUGGUGAUGAGGUUGAUGCGGAAGGAGAACUACUUGAUUGGAAUGAUCAACAAGGGUGUGCUUGCUUUCCCCAUUUCUCAGUGGAUCCCAGGUGCUGGUCCUACUGUGAAAUCUGGUACUAAUGGAAUACAAUACCGUCUAAUACUAACCAAGACCCUUGAGUGGACAUUGAAUUGGUGCAUCCUGCAGAGCAUGUUUGAUCGAAACUUUUGUGUCAGAAGGGAUUUUGUGUCAAAUCCAAAGACAUUAAAGAAAAGGCUCAUGGUAGUUGGGCUUGCAAUGCUUUUACUCUCUCCAUUUCUUGUCAUAUUUAUGCUGGUAUAUCUCUUUUUGAGGCAUGCUGAACAAUUUUAUAAUCACCCAAGCACAGCAUCAUCUCGAAGAUGGUCAAAUUUGUCAAGAUGGAUAUUUAGGGAAUUCAAUGAGGUGGACCAUCUCUUCAAGCAUCGGAUUAAUAGCAGUGUUUUACAUGCUUCUGAUUAUCUCAAGCAAUUUCCUUCACCUAUCAUAUCUAUUAUUGCAAAAUUCAUCUCUUUUGUAUCGGGUGGCUUUGCUGCAAUUCUGAUCAUCAUCGCAUUUCUAGAGGAGUCUCUGCUAGAGGGUCAUAUAUUUGGUCGGAACUUGUUUUGGUAUGCUGCUGUUUUUGGAACUAUAACUGCUAUUAGCCGGGCUGCAAUUACAGACGAGAUUCUGGUCUUAGACCCUGAAGGAGCAAUGUCUAUGGUAGUUCAGCAUACACAUUAUAUGCCAAAGAGAUGGCGUGGCAAAGAAAGUACUGAAAUGGUCCGAAUCGAGUUUGAAACCUUAUUCCAGUAUACUGGGAUGAUGUUACUUGAGGAGAUGGCCUCAAUUUUCCUCACUCCAUACUUGCUUUUGUUGGUUGUCCCAAAGCGGGUUGAUGAUAUCUUGCAGUUCAUUGCUGAUUUUACUGUGGAUGUUGAAGGUGUUGGUCAUGUUUGCAGUUUUAGUGUCUUUGAUUUUCAAGCUCGUGGAAACAGUAAUUACGGUUCCCCAUACAGUGUGCCACGCAGCCAGAGGAGUUCCCAGGGGAAGUUGGAGAAAUCAUUUUUGAGCUUUCAGAGUAGUUACCCUUCAUGGGAACCAAAUGCUCAGGGGAAACAGUUUUUGCUAAAUCUAAGAACGUUCAGAGAGCAGAAGUUACCAGGAAAUGGAAACAGACAUGAAUUUUCCCCUCUUAGAAUGUGGAGAGGCAGUCCCAACAUGGGAAGCAAUGGAGAUAGAAACAGGUUAAUAUCUGGGGAAGUGCCAUAUAGUACUUUGGCAACUCGCAAUAACUUGGGUUCAUUGUGGCUAAUUGAGGCCAAUCAAAAUAAUCAUCCAUAUCUUCUUGACUGGUACUACACUUCCAGACCUCAUGAUGUGACUUCAAGAGAUGUUCCAACAGAUCCAUUUGAAGUAACUGAGUAUCAUUCCAGAGAUUGGAUGCCCUCCAAUUUGGCACAGAAUGAACCUACCUAUGAAGAAUACUUAAAUGAGUAUUGUGAUGAUAGGGCUGUUUCUCAUCUUGGGGCUUCUACAUCAGCUCCCAUCUUCAAGGAAAGCCUAAUUCAGGAUAAAAAUUCCAGUGAUCUGCCCCACACUACCAGGAGUCAUUGGUGGGCUAGAAGUCAAUUGCAAGGUGGAGAUGGUCAAACAAGCUUUUUUGAGCCUCCAGAUUUCAAUCACCAAGCUGCAUAUAAUAAGUACUAUGAUAAAUUUUCUGAUAGAGGGUCAGAGGAUCAAGAUCAGGAACAAAACUUGUACUGGAGAGAUCAUCAGAAAUUGCCUAGUACAGCACAAACAGAUGACUCAGAAGCAGGAGAAUUCAAUCUUCAUUUUGAUGAUAUUUAUAGCAGACCUCCAGAAAAUCCCACUGUAAAUCCAAGCUCUUCAAGCUUUUGAAUGAUGGCUUUGUCCUUCAUUAUUUAUUUGGGUGGUUCUUGCUUUCAAGGAUCUGGAAUACAAGAGUUUCCAAGUCAUGAUUGUGCCUUCUAUAUAUACAUUUAUGGAAAGUGGAAACUCUAUUUUUUGCUGUAUAUAGAUUCUUUGACAUGAGAUUAGAUUGUUAUGAGGACCCAGGAUGGGCUAAAAGGCUUCUGGGCCUGCCUUCCAGGUUUAAGAACCAUAGUUUCUUUUUCCUUUUCUUUAAUAAUUCAUUUUA